UGAACCAUUGUUUACCUCAGAUGGUUCUUCAGUAAUUUCAACUUUGUAAGCCAGUCACAUGCAUAGUAAAUAAGAUGUGGUAGGCAAUGAAGAUAUUAGGAUAACAAACAACUUGUUGGACAUGCUCGAAAAUCACCAUCUGGCAAAGUUAAUCUUAUAAUCUUCAACUCAAAAAUAAGAUCAUAUACCUCAACAUCUCAUGAAGCAUCAAGAGAGAAAGUUUCUGCAAAUUUUGUCCGACACUCUUCAACUUCAAUAUCAUGCAAUGAUUUCAAAGUUUAAUCACCACGAGUUGUUUAAAUCUAGCUUUCAAAGAAGUGAUCGCCAUAUCAACAAAAAUAAAAGAAAUAUUUAACUUGAAAAGCCUUGACAACUUGUAGGGUUUCUUGUUGAUAAUCACUUUGAUCAUAAAUAUUUCCGCACUGUGAUUGUACCAAGUCAGCCGCAACCUUCUUCUUUUUUUAUUAGUCGCUACCAGAUGGAUAUUUUCUUCCGGACGCCAUGAUAAGACACAAUGUCGAAAAUAAAAAUAAGAAAAUACACCAAUUGACAAUUGUUGAACAGUGCUGAUGCGUUGGCUGUUCAUCUAGGACACUAGGAAGUAGAAACCGCGAUAUGAAUAUAAGAUAUAAGAUAUACCUCAGAGGAUCGAAUUGUGGAUGGAUGGAGAGCAAAGCGAGGUUGCGCUGAUGAAUGGAAAGGGAUCAAUCAGUUGCUUCUUUUUCUUUUCUACGUGCAUGUACUAACCUUUUAUUUUUAUUUAUUUUUGAAUGAAGUGCAUGUACUAACCUAAGGAACGAAUCGGAAGGGAUCAAUAUGUUGCUUCUUUUUCUACGUGCAUGUACUAAAUUUUUUUUUUUGAGGGAUACGUGCAUGUACUAAAUGAAACGAAUCAAUCGCUGGCCCAUCCUGCGUGACUCUCGCUGCGUGCGUACCUUCUGUUGGGCCAUAAACGCCUACUGUGUAUACCGGGGAGGGGCCCCUCGAUUUUGGGCCUCCCCAGAACCGGCCCUGGGCCUGUAGCGUAGCUAGCUAGUUGUGUCAACUGAAUUUUGCAGAUGUUGAAAGAAGAAAAUCUACUCCUACCCGCAAAAAAAAAAAAAAACUAGUGAAUUUUGCAGCUGAGCUGGGCUGGCUAUUUAGAGUAGGUGUAGGUAGGGAAUAGCUAGCAUAACGCAUAACUAACGCAUGCUAAUUGAAUUGAUGUGGACUCCUCCCUCCCAAAAUAUUUUUACUGGCUCAGUUGGUGAACGCCCGGACGUUACGGUGCUCAUGAAUCCAUUCUCUCCAUCACCUGUCCCCAAAUAAACAAGACAAGGCAACGCAACGCAUGCAUAUAUAAGCAGCAGGCGGACGGAGCUAGCUCGCCGGCAACGACCGCCGUGAACCAGAUGCCAACGACGACGACAAGGGCGACCAGCAGCAGGGGCUGCGGGAGGAGCAUGACGGCCGUGAUGCUGGUGUUGCUAAUAGCGCUGCUCGGCCGGCCGUCUCCGGCGGCGGCGCAGCUGGGGGACGCCCACAAGUGCCGCGACACGUGCCUGGAGGGGUGCACCGGGUGGGUGGUGGUGUGCCACGUGUCGUGCGCCAGCGCCUGCUCGGGGGCCGGCGGCAUCGGCAUCAUGAGCAUCGACAACGGCAUCCCGCCGGACCACCCCAACCCCGACGAUCUCCCCAAGCCGCCGCCGCUGCCGGACCUUGUCCAUCCCCUCCGAGGAGCCGGCGGCAUCGCCUUCAGCCCCGCGCCGUCACCGGCAGCAUCAGAAUCAUCAUCGUCGUCGACAUCGGAUGAUGAUUAAUUACUAGGCAACUAGUUAAGGCACUAUCCAUAGAUUGGAUGCAACAAGCAUAUGACUGACGAAUGUGGUAGGCCUUCUCUCUGCGGGUAUGUCUCAUGGAUGGAUGAAAAUUCAUCGUAUUUGCAGCCAUUGCUUACUUUUACUGCAUUCUCUUUCUCCAUUUCUCUCUCCCACUAAAUUUAAAAACAAAA